CAUAUGAGCCCCGUUGAACUAACAUCUGAUAUUUGAUGGGACGAAAUUCACUCCGAGACCCCUGGUGGUUCCGAAGUAUGAUACAUCAUACAUAAAGUUGCAAGCUUCCCGCUUCGCUUUCGAUUCCCUGGCCUUUCUCAUAGAUGUAGCUAAAAUUCCUGACCUUAGGCACUUGUCAUAGCUCCACACGAUAUCGGCUUCAACACAUUCUCAACAACAAUGCCGGCUGACAACUCGGAUUAAAGCCCGCAGGCGAGACUCUCAUACGGAGCACCCAAAGUAAUGCGUCUUCGCCUCUCUGACGGAAUAUGCGCUCCCACUCUCGCCUUCUUUACAGAAUCGGAGGACGUCGACACAAGAACCCUCGAGACUCAUCUCACCAGAAUCAUCAAAGCAGGAGUAGCAGGCAUCGUCAUUCAUAGCUCCAUCGGCGAAGUAGAGCACCUGACAAGAGAAGAACGAAACACCAUGAUCAGGUGCGCUGCUGACACCAUCCACCGAGAAUGUCACGCCGAUUUCAGUAGUCACAACCCCCCAUUGAUCGCCGCGUGCGGAACACUUCAACUCUGCAGGGACGCAGCUGAGAGCGGCGCGUCUCACGCAUUGGUACUACCUACAAGCUACUAUGCCUCUUCCCUCGACGACGAUGAAAUCAUUAUCCAGCACUUCUACGACAUCGCGGACAAGUCUCCCAUCCCGAUUGUCAUUCAAAACCCCCCGAUGAUGACAGCGGGACUGAAACCCACAGCUCUUACUUUGGAGGCCCUUUGCCGCAUCGCGAAGCACCCCAAUGUCGUCGGCGUCACUCUCGAGGACAUUAACUUACCAUAUACAUGUACAAUCGCGCGGGCGGCAUACGACUUGCCCGAAGGGUUCUUUGUCGCCGGCAGUAGCGCCAGAUACAUCCUACAGCACCAGUUAUUCGAGGCGAAGGCGGACGGAAGUAACGGAAGUAUCGUGGAGCUCGCUAACCUCGCGCCUUAUACGUGUGUGCGCGUCAGGGAUCUCUCUUGCCGGAGGAAGUUCAGUGAGGCGGCACGUCUGGAGGAAGACAUCACGGCAGCGGACUUGUUCGGUUCUGUCAAGGGGAUCGUGGGUAUGAAGGCGGCAAUCAGAUACUGGAGAGGUUAUGGAGGUGUGCCGAGGAAGCCCUACGCCGAGCUGUCGCCCAAGGAGCUGGAGGGUGUGGAAAAUUGGAUAGGUGGGCUGAACCAGGCAGAGACAGAAUUGGAAGCGGAAGUCCAUGAGAUGGGGUUAACAGGAUAGACAUGGUCAGGCUCUUACUUUCCAAGACAGGUCGGAUGGGUUCAUUUUCAUAUUGACGAAGGAGUUGAAGCUAAGCGGCUUUUGGCUUCUUGUCAGUUCAAAAUCUAUAGUUCUUUCAAUGUCAAGGUAGCGAAGGUAGCAGC